AAUAUAUAUUAACAGAUUAAUUACCCAUUUAAAACUUUUUCCCUGGAUUUACUACUGUUUAUUUUAUCAAUAUAUAUUUUAUACAUUAAAACAAAGAAAAAACAAACAACCGAAUUCUUAUAUAAAGACAAAUGAAAAUCCGAUUAUUCUUAAUAAUUUUAACAAUCAUUAUACAAUGUAUUCCAUCCAUCUUAUCAAUUACUACGAAUAAUCAAAAUGAAAAAUCAUCAUCUUAUUAUUAUGUGGUACGUUCACCAAAAAUAGAAAAACGAUCACAUACAGAAGAUGAAACUUUAACACAUUAUAAAGAAAAAACAAAAGUUGAUACUGCUUCUCAAACAUAUACAAAAACAACAAAUGCAUCUAAUCCAGUUUUGUCUCCAGCAUCAUUAUCAUCGUCAUCAUUACCUUAUGGUAAUAAUAUAAAAAAGAAUAAUGGUCAAUAUAAUGUUAAACCUAAUGUAACUAUGAGUUCAGAAAGUAUAUAUCAAAAUAAAAAUUCAUUAAAAUAUGUGAAAACUGUAAAAAAUCGCCGUGAAAUCAGUGAAGUUAUUAAACAUAUACCAAAAUCAACAUAUAAUCAACAAUCGAAUAAAUAUAAUGAUAAUAAUAAUAAAAUUAAUAAUUAUAAUGGUAAAAAGGAGACCAAGAAUUACAACAAUGAAAAUAAGAAACGCACUUAUUCUGGUAGCAACAGCAAUAGUAAAGACAAGAAACAUCGCAAUAAUAAUAACUACAAUAAUAAUAAUAACUACAACCGUAAUGACAAUUACAAUAACAAUGACAAUCAUUACGAUAAUAAUAAUAAUAACGAUUAUUAUAAUGAUGGCAAUAACUAUAACCGUAAUGACAAUCAUUACGAUAAUAAUAACAACGACUACUAUAAUAAUGGCAAUGACUACAACCGUAAUAACAAUGACAAUCAUUACGACAAUAAUAAUAAUAACGAUUAUUAUAAUAAUGGCAAUAACUACAACCGUAAUGACAAUGAUAAUAAUAAUAACGACUAUUAUUCAUAUGAUUACAUCAAAAACACUGACAGGUACAAUAAUGAUGUAAAAUAUAAUGCUAAAAAUUACAAUCCUGAUUAUACACGCAAUGCUUAUAUAUCUGAUAAUAAUGAUCGUACAAGAAAUCGAGACUCUAAUAGAAAUUACAUGACUAAAAAUAUCAAACAUAACAAUUAUGCCAACAGACAUAAUGAUAGGCUAAGAAAUAAUAAAAGAUAUAAUAAUAAUAAUAAUAAUUACAACAAUGACUAUAAUAACCAAAGACGUUAUAACGAAAAUCGUAAUUUCGGGAAUAAUAACAAUUACAAUCGUAACGGCAAUCGACAAAAUCAGAAUGGUCAUCGUACUUACAAGUACAACUACAAUGGUAAUAAUAAUAAUCACCGGAAUAAUUUCAAUGACAAAUCCAAUUACAAUUACAAUAAUGAUCGUAAUAAUUAUAAUAACAAACGGAAUAAUCGCAAUGACAAUUAUAAUUUUAAUAACAAUGACGCUUACAGUGGAUAUGAUAAUUACAAAACUAAUCAUCAUGAUCAUCCUAAACGUAAUAUACCCAAUCAAAAUAACAAUAGAUAUAAUAACAUUGAAAAUUAUAAGAAUAAUGAUAAUGGUAAUAAUAAUUAUCAUAAUAUGUACAAUACUGAAAAUUAUGAGACUAACAGAAAUCGUGUUAAUCACGGUAAUAGAGGUAAAAUGGAUACACCAAAUUAUCAUACUCCUACUGGAAGAAACAAUGAACAGAAUUAUCCAUCAAUGCCAAAUACAGAUAAUGAACAAUCAAACAAUAAAGAAAGCAAUCAAUCUGGGAAAGAAACAGAGGAAAAUAAAGACUUUGAUCCAAGUGCACCAAAUGCUGGUCCUAUGUCCGGUCUAGGCUCUUUUGGCGGUUUCUUCGGUAUGGGAUCAAUGGGAAAUGGGGGAUUAGGUUUUUAAUUUUUAUAUUAAAUGAAUGAUGAACAAUCACUCAAAUUCGUGGAUAUAUUGUAACAAAAACAUGUUUUAUUUUUAAAAUCUUUCUUUUUUGAACCGAUAUAAUACAACAAAUUAAUAAAACAUUAUUUAUUGAGAUGGAUAUUUUCAGUUAAAAUGAUUUGAAAUUUGUAAUUGAAUGUUACCUCUGUAUGUUUAUCAUGUUUUUCUAAGCUCUGAAAUAGAAGUAUGAACUGAAUUGAUGAUUUGAAAACUUUUCUCUCAAUUAAUUCAUCAUUGAUUAAUGAUUAUGAAAAAGAAAUUUGAAUGAUACAUUAUAUGAAACCAACCAAAUUUAUGUUUUGUCUUUUGAACGCUUAUCAAUAAUAUACAUAUAUGAAUAACCAAAAAAAAAUAAUUACUACUUGAGCAUCUAGACCUGUUAACCCUCGUGGAGCAACACAGGCCACCAAACAGCAAACUCUAACUUACCCUGUCCUGGGCCCUCCUUUCUAGUAGCUUCCAAGUGCUGUUCGUUCUUUUGAAAUCUGCCUCCGAUUCUCAGGAACAUGUGUUCUUUAGCCUUCAUCUUUCCCGUUUACUUUGAAGAUUCCAAGUUAAGACCUGCCUCGUGAUGCAGUUUGGUGAUUUCCUCAAUGUAUUUUCUGUCCACUUUCA